UGAUAUAUAUUAAAAAAUUCUAAAAAUAAUUCUUGAUGAUAAUCUUGGAUUUCGUCAUCAUUUUGUGCCAUCAAGUGCCAAUCAUGAUCCUUUCAUCCCUCCUCCGCAAUGACGUACCUAGGGAGGUGUAGACGACGUAAUCUCGACGCAUUGCGCGCGGAUUCGUCGAUCUUGUCCAUGUGACAUAAGCACCGCCAAUCACAGCGGAGUGCGAAGAGUGGCGUUAGAAACCGACCCUGACUGUGUGAGCUUGUUUGUGUGUGUGUGUGUGUGUGUGAGUGAGCGAGCGAACGUGAGCGUGCAUGUACGUAGAAAGAGUGCAGCCGUGACGUUGUUGUGCUGUGCUGUGUUGUCAGCAGCUGUUCGUCUGAACACGGAGGAAAAGUGGAUGUAUGUAAGCGGACUGUGACUCUUCAUUAGAGGCUUUGGAGCUAAAGACGGACGGGAGAACCGCAGCCUCCGCGGCCCUGACACUAACGCCACUGAAGGCAUCACAGAGACAGAGAAGUGUGUGAUAACGGACCACAGGCAUAGCAGGUCUGAGCGUCAGAAACCUGUGUGGACUGUUGUGUAUCCCACCGUACCGUUAUUUGUUCUGCUGUGAACUUGUGGACAGCAUGGUCCAGUGGUAACAACAACGGCAUCACUUGGUGCCUGUGUGCACUAAGAGUCGGUAGAACUCCUCGAAGUCGCACCAAAGUCACCAUGAACGUGGGCACGGCACACAGUGAGGUGAACCCCAACACCCGAGUGAUGAACAGCAGGGGCAUGUGGCUGUCUUACAUCCUGGGUAUUGGCCUCCUGCACAUCAUUCUGCUCAGCAUUCCCUUCGCCAGCGUGCCAGUGGUCUGGACCCUCACCAAUCUCAUCCACAAUCUGUGCAUGUACCUCCUCUUGCACAUGGUGAAAGGAACGCCGUUUGAGACCCCAGAUCAGGGCAAAGCUCGCCUCCUGACACACUGGGAGCAGAUGGACUAUGGUGUACAGUUUACAGCGUCGCGCAAGUUCCUCACCAUCACACCUAUUGUCAUGUAUAUUCUCACCAGCUUCUACACCAAAUACGACAGGAUCCAUUUUGUGGUCAACACCGUUUCCUUGCUCACUGUGCUCAUCCCUAAACUACCCCAGCUCCACGGUGUGAGGAUCUUUGGGAUUAAUAAGUACUGACAUGGUGGAAGAGGACACCCCCCCCCCCCACCCACUCACCCACCACCUCAUUGGACGGAGUGUCCAUGGACUAUUGAGCACACAGAGUCUCAGGCCUCAGAUUUGGCUGCACUUCCACAGGGAUCACAAGUAGCUCCUCUCUUUGGCUGCUCGCUCUGAAUGAAACCUACAGGGAAAACUGCCAUGGUACCAAAGCCCAGGAAGAGGAGACCCAGGAGUGUGUAGAGGAAGCGCACAAAGGGAAAGGUGUUCUGUUGGUUGGUCCGUCUGCACCAGGUUUCCAGCGACAAUUCAAAAGCAUUUAUAGUGAUCCAUGAUGUUUAAAAAUACCAUGUGCCAUUUUUACACCAUCUGGCACGUUUUUUUAAAAAGAAAACUGACACACUGCUGUAUUUUGUAAGCUUUUCCGUCUUAAACCUCUAGGCUCCCUUGAGUUUUUUUCAGGGUGAAAGUGAGCGCAACAAUACCUAAGUGAAAUGGUAAGGGACAUGUUAACCAAGGCACAGUAGACCAGAGGCGUUUAUAUUUAGCUCUGGAUGCUCUGCUCAGGGCCAAGAAGUUAAGUUGGGCAACUCUUGUUUUGUCUGACCGCGUCCAUAUUUGGACUAUACUUGUCCUGGACUGUGUCACAGCGGGCCUUCUGUCUGUGAGUGAGAAGGUUGCAGCAACAGAUGACAUUGAUUUAAGAAAUCUUAAAGUUAAAGUUUAAAAAGUUGUGUUAGGCAACUGGACAUGAAUUUUCUAAAAGAAGACGUUUCACCUCUAAUCCAAGAGGCUUCUUCAGUUCUAACUGGUGGAGGGGAGUACAGCAAAUAAAUACCAUGUGUCCGUAUUUAUUUGCCAUGACCUGGAUGACUGAGAAUCUUCAUAGACAUGUUAAAGUUAAAGUUUUAACCUUUUGAACUUUACUAAAGUGCAGAAGCACACACACAGGGUCAGUGGCCAGCUAAACUGUUCAAGGGUGUGUUCACACUUGUUUUCACUUUGGUCGCUGGGAAGAAAAUCCAAAUGCAUUACCGUACAUUCACAUUUGGACGUGUUUCAAGGUACAUUGUUUAGGAUGUAGCAAACUCUAGUGGGCGAUUUAUAUGCUGUGAUAUUAUAAAUGUAUGAAUAUAUACUUUUAUAUUUAUAUAUUUUUGGAUAAUCACAUUAAUUGCUUUUAAUCAAGAAUAAAACUAAAACAUUCCUAAAUGUGACAGAAACACAUUUUUCUGUAUAUCUCCUGAACAGAAGGACAAAUGACAUCAGGUCGUUAGUGAGACAAAUCCAAAUGAUGGAAUUAUUUAUAUGGAAAGUUGUCUAGAAAAGUACCCUAAUGUAUAACUCAUAGAGUUCAUUCAUAGAGUUGGUGGAUUUGAGUCAUCUUGAUUGUUCAACGCGUCAUUAGUUCCUUUUAAAAAACCUAAAAACCAGUGCAUUUAACCACGGUGUUAGACUGACUGAGUGUCCUGCUCUGGAUCAGUCUGAAGUGUAGGUGUUUGGGAAACAAAAACUUUUCUCGCAGCUUUCUCAGCUCUCUGUGUAAAUACACGUAUCGACACAUGAGGUGGAAAAAAGCGACAAUUAAUUAAUUAAUUUCACUGAUUAGCCAUUGGCAGCCCUAAUAUCCUUAUGUAUACAUUGGGGUUCUCUGUGCUGUUAUUGAAUUUUUACAUUUACUGACGCUCAUCCUAAUCCAGCACUGAUCAACAUCUCACUCAGAGUCUUUCAGUAAUGGAAUUGAUGAAACACAUGGAUGUAUUUCAGAGUAAUAUAGAGAGAGGAGAAAAAAUGAAGCCGAUGCAGAGUUUUUUUUUCUAGUUCACCAAUACUAAUAUAAAUGCCAGUGUGAACACACCCUAAAAUUUACUCAGGAUAAAAUAGUGCAUGAUUGUGCUUUGCCUCGUUCUCCUUUUGGAUUCCUGUAACCAGUUUAGCCUGUGGACAUGUGCUGACUCAAGCAACUCUUCAACGCUAAUGACAUUUAUAUAUGGGAUUCACGCAUUCUAAAUAUAAAAGGUACAGUGAUUAGGAAUAAAGGGCGUUGUUUUCAACACAGAUCUGACAGUUCUGGUAUUUGUGGCUUCACUAAGUUGUUAUCACAGUUGUGUCUUGGCUGUGUUUUUAUUUUGUCUCCUUCAGAGACAGUCAGGAGCCAAUGUUCUUCAGAUCAGUAGAUUGCUCUGAGGAGAGAAGAAGGACCUCUGGUGGUUUCCUACUUCCUCAUGGUCUAGUUUCUCAGAUGAAGCACACUUGGACUUAGACGUGGGGCUGUCUGGAUCCUGUAUGCUGCUUACAUUUAUACUUCUAGGAAUUAAGAGAAAUAAUCUGCAAAGACAAUUCAGAGCUAAAACUUCAAGAUGAAAAGUGUGUUUACACAAUUUGAAAUGUCACUGAACGCGCUCUUUGAUACAUUUGAGGGUCGUUCUCUGUUUGUGUAGAAAGAGCUACAGUUCUCUGUGGAAGAGUAGUGACCACACUUCCACUGUGUGACUCUGAAAUGACCUGAUUCCUCUGUUAUUAACCUAGAACGUUCUGUUCAGUUUCAGAUUAGAGUAAAUCAUCAAAUGUCAGUUGUUGGUUUUUAACCACAUUUUUUUUAUAGAGUAUUGAUGAUGAUUCUGGAGAGAAGUUUUUACUGUAUGGACUGUUUUGUAAUUAUUUUACAGGUUGUGAGAUUUUGCAUGUGUGUUGGUUGUGACGAAGCCUUCUUGGAGUGAUGGAGGAAUAAUAAUAAUAAUAAUGACACGUACACUGUCUUAUGUUGAUAUUUUUGAGGAUCAUUCGUUGUUUACCUUUCCUGGAAGAUACCAUAAGUGGGACAAUUUAAUUGACUACUAGUUCAUUAUUAGUUAAUCGACUAGUAGAGUAGUACAUAUUACACAUGUAAAAAUAGUUGCCUCCCACUAUGAUUUACAUAGUUGUUCAUGAUCUCUGAUAAAAUUACUUCAUAGCAGGUUUUUCUCGAUGGAGAAAUGAGCCGCAGAUGCUACUGAUUAAUUUGGUCAUUAUUGGAAGUCACUCUAGUGAAACACGUGUCUCUGUCGCCUCAGUUUCCUCCUCUGUACUGCAGAUUAUGCUGAAAAAACAUGUGUUGUUUCUCAGCCAGCUGGGCACAGAGGGUUUUUAACUCCAAUCUGGUACUGUUGUAAAUACUUUAUAGUAGAACUUGAAAGAUGAAGAUUUCAGGACUUCAGUAAAAAUCUGGCUCCAAAUCACAUGUGGCCAUCUAACCUAAGAAUAAUGUUUUCCUCUUUGCUUUCUAGGGAACGUGGAAUGUAUCAGACAUGUCUACUAUGUGGUCCUGAACAGUGUUACAAUCCUUUACACACACACACACAUAUACACACAUAAACAUACUUUGUUUUGUGAAUACAAACAUGACAUUCCUUAGACCUGUACUAACUACUACAAACAUCUGCCUAAUUCCAGUGACAAAUAUCAUUUAAUCUGUCCAUAAUUCUAACCCUCGAUACCAACAUAAAUAUUGAAGUCCUAUGCCUCACUUACCCCCCUUUCCCCCUCCCCCCCACUGUUCUGUAUAGCUACACAAACAAAUAGAACACACACACUAGGUUUUGUUUUCUGUCAGCACUUCUGAUAGACAUACUUCCCAAGAUCAGGGGUCUCAAACUCCUGGCCUGCAGGCCACAUCCAGCCCAAGACCCACCCAUAUGUGGCCUGCAACUAGAUAGUAGUUAGUAUAAUGUAGUCUGACUCCUGCUGUUAGUUUCUGGCCCUUCAGUGAGGUGACAGGACUAACAGUGGUCCCCCAGCUCAUUUCUGAGCUUCUGAAGCAGACUGAUAUUAACAAGGACCAAAGAUCCAGACAUGAGGACAGAUGUUGAGUAGACUCUGGUUCGACUCUGCUGCAACUGCUUUUUCAUCAUUGUCGUUUAUCUUCAUCAUCAUCAUAAAGGGCUUUAUUCAAGGACUUUUUUUGUUGAGCAUGUAUUUACAAAAAGAGUUUUAAAUGGACAGUCAGACUUUUGGUCGACGUGAAUGUGAGUUAUGUAAAAAACAAACAAGGAGCUCCAGGUUGUGCUGCUUUUUCUGAAAUGUCAGUCUGAUGUUCUCUCCACGUGCUUGAGCCAAAAUACAGUAUUUUCCAAAUAUCAACUCUGUCAUUUUAAAAAAAAAACACAGUUCACAUGUGUUGCCUGCACUUGCCUAAAAUAAACUGUUGUUUUUACGUUAUUUUGCAACUGA